UUUGGGAGAAAGUUUAUAUAGAAUUGCUGAUACUCGCCGUCUUCAUUGUCGUCGAAGUAGGCGACUCGGUCCUCUGUGGAAACCAACCAUCGCCCGCUGGAUGUUCUGCUCCGCCGUGUUGUAUCUAUAUUGUGUUGUUGUUGUUGCUCUGAUUCUCUGAUCGCCAUGAGUAAGAAGCGACGGUCUGAUGCUGAUACGCCUUUCCCCGGUCUUCGCCAGCUUCUCUGUGAUGUUUUCUUCCGUCGCCGGCGUUUCUACUAUCAUGUUUUGCCGCUUCUCUCUGCACUUGCUGGUUGUGUUUUUGUUUGCUUUGUUGCUCUGUUUCUUCUUGUUGCUUCACCUGUUGUUCAUCGUGAUCAUCUUCACUUGACUCUCUUUCAUGGCGGAAGCUCGAUAGACCAAGGCAUUGAGGAUGAAUCGAGUUCUAAUUUGGAAAUGAAAUCAAUCGUCGGCGUUUCGGGAAGUGGAGGCAGAUUCGAACGUGAUGUAUGGGUCACGGAUCAAUCGAGUUUCUUCUAUGGCUGUAGCAAUGCUAGCAAGAAGUUCACACCGGCCGCUGAGAAAACCGAUCCCGACAGAUACUUGUUGAUUACUACGAGUGGAGGCCUUAAUCAGCAAAGAACAGGGAUAACAGAUGCUGUUGUUGCAGCUUACAUUUUGAAUGCCACUCUAGUUGUUCCCAAGCUGGAUCAAAAUUCAUUUUGGAAGGAUAGCAGCAAUUUUGCAGAAAUUUUUGAUGAGGACUGGUUUAUUAAAUUUCUCUCGAAUGAUGUUCAAAUCAUCAAAGAUUUACCAAUGGAAGUUGGGAAAACUUUGACUCCUCAUAGGAUGCGUGUUCCAAGGAAGUGUGAUCCAGAAUGCUAUGAAAAACAUGUUCUUCCUGUUCUUAAAAAGAAGCAUGCUGUUCGGCUUGGAAAAUUUGAUUAUAGGCUUUCAAAUAGGUUGACAACUGACUUACAGAAGUUAAGAUGCAGAGUUAACUAUCAUGCUUUAAAGUUUACUGAAGAGAUCAAUGAAAUGGGCCAAACAUUGGUUGAGAGGAUGAAGAUCAAAAGCAAACAUUUUAUUGCCCUACAUUUGAGGUUUGAGCCUGACAUGCUUGCAUUUUCUGGCUGUUAUUAUGGUGGGGGACAAGAUGAGAAGGAAGAACUUGGAAAAAUUCGAAAGAGAUGGAAAAGCUUACAUGCAAGCAAUCCCGAUAAGGAACGAAGGCAGGGAAGAUGCCCUCUUACUCCCGAAGAAGUCGGUCUGAUGCUUCGAGGGCUCGGCUUCGGAAGUGAUGUGCACCUUUAUGUGGCAUCUGGUGAAGUAUAUGGAGGAGAAGAAACUCUAGCUCCACUGAAAGCAAUGUUUCCAAAUUACCAUACCAAGGAGACUCUAGCCAGCCCUGAAGAGUUGACACCCUUUUUGCCAUUUUCGUCUCGUAUGGCUGCGAUCGACUUCAUUGUUUGUGACGAAAGCAAUGUUUUUGUCUCGAACAACAAUGGGAACAUGGCUAAGAUUUUAGCAGGACGAAGGAGAUACUUCGGUCAUAAACCAACCAUCCGUCCGAACGCUAAAAAGCUGAACCGACUAUUCAUGGACCGAAACAACAUGACAUGGGAACAAUUUUCAUCCAAGGUCCAAUCUUAUCAAGUUGGCUUCAUGGGAGAGCCAAAUGAGGUGAAGCCAGGGAGAGGUGAGUUCCAUGAAAACCCAUCAGCCUGCAUUUGCGGGAAUUAUGACUCAAAUGUCAUGAGUGACCCAUCUCAUGUCAACCAAAUUCAUCACAACCACACCGAAGACGUCAAUGAAAACAACCAUGGCUACAACGAAACGAGCAAUUCGACAAAAGAACAAACCGCGACAGAAGACGACCAAGAAUGGACUGGAUUGGAAUAUUUAGACAUCGGAAACGACUUGGGAGAGAGAAGAUUGCACACUCUCAUUAACUCUGAUCUUGGCGUUCGACCCAAACCCGAACAACCAGAAUUGGAAGAGUUAUUUUCAGACUAAAAAGACGGUUAGUUCAAUCCAACUUUGACCAAUUUUUUUAGGGGGUAAUCUUUUGUUACCCUUACAAAUGCAUAAAACACUUUUCACAGUAAUAGGGAUAGAAAGGUUUGCAUUCUGUACAUAAACUGUUGUGGGGGAAACAAUACAGCUUGACAUAGGCUUUGAAAUUUGUACAUGAAGGAACCAUUUAGAUAGAGAAUUACAAGGCAAAAAAGGUUCUAGUUUUGCUU